AUGAAGUUAUCUAUAUUGCUUCUGGUAUUGCCUUUGGCGAUAUCAUGUGUUUCGGCACAUCUAGAGAUCAACGGUCUCGGCCUACUCGCUGGAUUAAUGUCCAGAUCCAUCACCAGAAGACGACCAGUGAUUAUGGUCCGUGUUCCGGUCCCAACUCAACCACAAGUCACUCAAGUUCAGCAACCAGUGGUUCAUGACAGACAGACACUCGUUGUUCCUAAAGCGGUUCCGGUACCACAACCAUUUCCGGUUACCAGACGAGUUCCGGUUCCGGUGCCAGUUCGAAUACCAGAGCCUAAACCAGUUCCCGUUCCUGUUCCUGUCCCAGUCCCAGUGCAAGUGAGGACAGUCCCAGUUGUCUCAACUCAUACUCAUGAAUAUGCUCUUGGUGGUGAUGACUAUUCGCCACUGGGUUACGGCAAUGACUAUUCGCCACUCGAUUACGGUGAAGACUAUUCGAUGGGUGGUUAUGGCGAUGGCUAUGGCUAUUCGACAAGUGGUUACGGCGACGGCUAUUCGCCACUUGUUUACGGCGAUGGCUAUUCGACAAGUGGUUACGGAGAUGGCUAUUCGACAAGUGGUUACGGCGAUGGCUAUUUGACAAGGGGGUACGGUGAUAGCUAUUCAGCAGGUGAUGGCUACUAUGAUAGCGGUUAUAAUGAUUAUGGCGUAUCUAGUGGAGUGUCCACUGGGUAUGACUUUAAUGGAGGAGUUAAUGCCCUUGGUUCGUAUUCCAGCUCUGCGACAGGCUACGGUGGGUAUGGGAAUACAUAUGGUGGUGUCCAAGGGUACUAUUGA